AUGGCCGUCGCUGAGCAGACCGAGGCACAGCCUACGGUGACCGCCUGGGCUGCGCCCGGGCGCUCGGCCCUCCGUGCACGGGAACCUCACAUCCUCACGCUCGGCGGCCGCGCCAACUCUUGGAGCCUCAGUCUUGCCAUCUGGACGGCAUCUGCUGCUCUUCCCAUUGAUGGACGACUUCGAGCUUGUCACCUGCGGGGAUGGCUUACAGCAGCAGGUACCCUGGUCAGCAAGUCUCCGGCCGGAGCUACAGCCCAGGAGCACGGGAGGACCCACACCGCCCUGCGUCAGUCCUGUGACCUGUGCGUGAUGCUCACCCAGUGUCCCAGUUCUGACACGGUCUCCUCUGGCGGCUUGAUCGAGGGCCGCGGGGUCACCGACGACGUGCACAGGUUCUCCUCGCGGCCGCCCUACCUGCCCGUGAGCUACCACAUCCUGGGGGCCGAGACCGCCUUCUUCCUGAAGGAGGCCAGCCAGGACGCCCUGCACAACUCCAGCCUGCGCACGAGAGUCGAGUCCUUCUUCACGUACAAGGCCACGAGGCCCCCGGCGCUCAACGCCAGCUACGGGCCCUUCUCCGUGCAGAAGGUGGUGCCCCUGGACCUGAUGGUCCCUUCCAACCUGCUGGGGCCGGCCAGCAAGUUCGGCCUCAACUGGAAGCUGAGGGCGCACAUCGUGCGGGACAAGGUGUACCUGAGCCGCCCCAAGGUGCAGGUGCUUUUCCAUCUGCUGGGCCGGGACUGGGCGGCGCGGAGCCCGGGCGAGAGACUGCCCUGCCUGCGGGUGUUCGCCUUCCGGGAGACCCGGGAGGUGCGGGCCGGCUGCCGGCUGCAGGGGGCCCUGGGGCUGUGCGUGGCCGAGCUGGAGCUGCUGGCCGGCUGGUUCGGGCCCCCCACCGUGCUGGCCGGGAGGAAGAAGGCGCCGGGGCCGCCCGAGGGGAGCCCCGUGGAGCUCUACUAUGCCGUGCAGCCGGGGGACGGGCGCGGGGACUGUGCCGGCGGCGGGGACGCCAGGAAGGGCAACUCCAUCCGGCCGGGGAGGGACGGGCCGGAGGAGGCCGUGCCCCGCCUGCAGAGGAUCGGGAGCGUCAGCCUCUACCGGGCCCAGGACAGCGUCCAGCUCCGCGAGCUGCGUCUGGACAGCAACGUGGCCAUCUGGCUGCCCUCCCAGCCCGUGAAACAAGGAGACGUGGUCACUGCCUACGUCAGCGUCGCCAACAACUCCACCGUGGACCUCUUCAUCCUGAGAGCCAAGGUGAAGAAGGGGGUGAACAUCUUGGGCGCUCAGACCAGCGAGCCCCGGCAGUGGGACGUCAAGCAGGAGACGGGCAGCGGCGGGAAGCACACCACCGCCACCCUGCUGUGCCAGCGCCGGGCGCCCAGUGCGCGCAACAGAAGCAGCAGCUCGUUCAGCGAGGUCGUGCAGAUGAACUUCGAAAUAGCCAGCUUCAGCAGCCUCUCGGGGACGCAGCCCAUCACCUGGCACGUGGAGUACCCACGGACGGCGACCACCGACACGGCCGUGUCCGAGAUCUUCAUCAGCCAGAAGGACCUGGCGGCCAUCGUCCCCCUGGCCACGGACACUGAGAUUCUCAACACCGCCAUACUCACAGGAAAGACCGUAGCCCUGCCCAUCAAGGUGGUCUCUGUGGAGGAGAACGGUGCCGUGACGGAUAUCUCAGAGCUGGUGGAGUGCAAGUCCGCAGACGAGGAUGUCCUCAAGGUAAGCAGCCCCACUGAUCAUUGUAACUUUUUUUUAAUGGGCAAAAAAAUAAAAUACAUCUGCAAUGACGAGACACCGGGGCACCCCACCCUGUGCCUCCUGAGUAACCCCGACCCCGGCCUGCUGCUGCCCUCCUGUGCCUUCCCCGGGGGCUCCUGGGGUCACAGGCCCACGCGGGACAGCGAGGAUGAAGACGACGAGGAGCGGCGGGGCCGGGGCUGUGCCCUGAAGUACCAGCAUGCCACGGUGCGGGUCCUCACCCAGUUCGUGGCCGAGGGCGCCGGCCCGUGGGGCCAGCCCAGCCACCUGCUCGGCCCCGACUGGCAGGUGGACAUCACCCACCUGGUCGCGGACUUCAUGAAUCUGGAGGAACCUCACGUGGCCACACUGCAGGACAGCAGGGUCCUGGUCGGGCGGGAGGUCGGGAUGACCACCAUCCAGGAAGCCGUGGUCAGCACGUGGCUUCAGCUCAGCGACGGCUCGGUGACGCCCCUCGACAUCUACGACACCAGGGACUUCAGCCUGACCGCCACCUCCCUGGACGAGGCCGUCGUGUCCGUCCCCCAGGCCCGCUCUCCCAGGUGGCCGGUUGUGAUGGCCGAGGGGGAAGGCCAGGGGCCGCUGGUCCGAGUGGACAUGACCAUCGCAGAGGCCUGCCAGAAGUCCAAGCGCAAGAGCGUCCUGGCCGUGGGCGUGGGCAGCGUCAGGGUCAAGUUUGGCCAGAACGACGCCGACUCCGGUCCCGGCGGGGGCGGCGACGAGGGCGAGAUCAAGAACCACGCCAGUGACCGCCGGCAGAAGGUUCAGGAGCCCGAGGGGCCCCCGCCCGGCGGCUCCUCCGUGGAGCGCGAGGAAGGCGCCCCCCGCAGAGGCGGCACGACGGCCCGGCCGCUGCCGGACAACAGGGUGGUGAAGAGCAGCCGGCCGGACGCGGGCAGGCCGUCCGGAGAGGGCCAGCUGCAGAACAUCCCCCUGGACUUCACCAACUUCCCUGCCCGGGUGGACCUGCCCCGCGCGGGGGGCGGGCUGGGGGCCAGCGACCUGCUGCAGACCGCGAGGGGCCUGAGCGACCUGGAGAUCGGCAUGUAUGCCCUGCUGGGCGUCUUCUGCCUGGCCAUCCUCGUCUUCCUCAUCAACUGCGCCACGUUCGCCCUCAAGUACCGGCACAAGGAGGUGCCCCCAGAAGGCCAGGCCUCCGUCACCCACUCGCACGACUGGGUGUGGCUGGGCAACGAGGCCGAGCUCCUGGAGCACGCGGGCGAGGGGUCCCCGCCGCAGGACGAGCACACGACCGUCCUGGACCGCGGGCCAGGCGGCAGCGAGGAGAGCAGCUGUCUGUUGCUCAACGGCGGAGCCCGGCAGCACGUGCAGGGCCGGGGGCACGGGCCGGACUCGGGGGGCAGGCAGGCCAGGGACCCGAAGCCCGAGCCCCUGCACUCGCCCACCUCCAAGAGGAAGAAGGUGAAGUUCACCACCUUCACCACCAUCCCGCCAGACAACGGCUGCCCCGGCGUGAACUCCAUCCUCGGUGGCGGGGGCGAGGACAUCAAGUGGGUAUGCCAGGACGUGGCCGCGGGCGCCCCCGAGGAGCUCAGAAACUACCUGGAGAAGUUCAAGGAACAGGCGUAG